UAUUUUACAACCGGUUUUCUCGAGACUAGAAUACCCGGCUGUAUAUCGUGGCUUUUUGGCGGGCGCAAUUUCUUUGGCGGUUUCUUAACUCUUAUCUUUAAAUCUGAAGCAUAUAUCACGUAUAAAUGGGUGAUAAGGACGGCGAAACUUUUGAUGAUGCAGUGGAAGAACGUGUUAUUAAUGAAGAAUACAAAAUAUGGAAAAAGAAUACACCAUUUUUAUAUGAUCUUGUAAUGACACAUGCUUUGGAAUGGCCAUCUUUAACUGCACAAUGGUUACCAGAUGUAACUAGACCAGAGGGAAAAGAUUAUUCUGUUCAUCGUUUGAUCCUCGGUACACAUACGUCGGAUGAACAAAAUCAUUUGCUAAUAGCAAGUGUUCAAUUACCUAAUGAGGAUGCUCAGUUUGAUGCUUCUCAUUAUGACAAUGAAAAAGGUGAAUUUGGAGGGUUCGGUUCUGUUAGUGGAAAGAUAGAAAUUGAAAUAAAAAUUAAUCAUGAAGGAGAAGUGAAUAGAGCCCGAUACAUGCCACAAAAUCCUUGCGUUAUAGCAACGAAAACUCCAUCAAGCGACGUUUUAGUAUUUGAUUACACAAAACAUCCUAGUAAGCCAGAUCCAAAUGGCGAAUGUCAUCCAGAUCUAAGGUUACGAGGACAUCAAAAAGAAGGCUAUGGAUUAUCAUGGAAUCCAAAUCUUAACGGGUACUUGUUGAGCGCAUCAGACGAUCAUACAAUUUGUUUGUGGGAUAUUAAUGCUACUCCUAAAGAAAAUCGUGUGAUCGAUGCCAAGACCAUUUUUACAGGACAUACAGCUGUUGUAGAGGACGUUGCAUGGCAUUUAUUACACGAAUCUCUGUUUGGAUCGGUUGCGGAUGACCAAAAAUUGAUGAUAUGGGAUACGAGAUGCAAUAACACUAGUAAACCAAGUCAUACAGUCGAUGCUCAUACAGCAGAAGUUAAUUGUUUAAGUUUCAAUCCAUAUUCAGAAUUUAUUCUUGCCACUGGUAGUGCGGACAAAACAGUAGCGUUAUGGGAUUUAAGGAAUUUAAAAUUAAAAUUACAUUCCUUUGAAUCUCAUAAAGACGAAAUCUUCCAAGUUCAAUGGUCACCACAUAAUGAAACCAUAUUAGCAAGUAGCGGUACAGAUAGGCGUUUGCAUGUAUGGGAUCUUAGCAAAAUUGGAGAAGAACAGUCUACUGAAGAUGCCGAAGAUGGCCCACCUGAAUUAUUGUUUAUACAUGGCGGACACACUGCAAAGAUUAGUGACUUUUCAUGGAACCCUAAUGAACCUUGGGUAAUAUGUUCAGUAUCAGAAGAUAAUAUAAUGCAAGUUUGGCAAAUGGCAGAAAACAUUUACAAUGAUGAAGAGCCAGAUACACCAGCUAGUGAACUUGAAGCUGGAGCUUCAUAAAUCGGAAGAAUAAUUUAUUAUGUCAUCUGACAUCGAAGUCAAGUACUGAAUAGUACUAUUGACUAUUGAAAUGAACAUUAUUGAAUCAUAAACGGCAUUAAAAAUGGUGAUUUAUAUAUUUGUAAGAUCUAAAAAAAAAAAAAAAAAAAAAAAAGCAAAAAAAAAACAAAAAACAAAACUGUGUGCUAUAAGUGAUAACAUGGAAGAGCAAUAAUAUUUCGGUUCUUCAUUAAUUUUAAUUACUUUCUUUUUUUUUUAUUUUUUUUUUAUUUUUUUUUUAUUUUUUUUUUUUUUUUUUUUUUUAUGAUUACAUUAACCUUAAUUUUUCACAUCAAGAUGUAAAUCUAUCGAAUUUUUAAAAUGCAUAUAACAUGCGAAAAGUACGAAGUACUGAUUCGUUGAUUAAAAUAUCAGUACUGUAAAUUUGUAAAAAUGUUCUAUCAUAGGCUUACUGCGUGCAUCAAUCAAGAAUUUAUUUUUAAAUUCUCUUGUAUUAAUCAAUAUUAUAGAAUGUUUUUUUUUGCUGCUCGUGUAUCAAUUGUUUUAUGUAAUUGUUUAUGUAAUUGUUUAUUUGUACAACAAAUAUUUCAAUACUUUCACGUGUUCUGUUUAAUGAUUGGAAGAAUUUAUACAACAUUGUUAUUUUGUAUUUGCGCAAGUUAAUAUCUUGCUUUCACAUUAUUUCUCUAUAUACAAGAUGUAUUAUUUACUUUGUUUCUUUAAUAAUACAUGAUAUUAAACAGAUGUUAAAUGAACAAAUUUAUAUUUGUCAGCAGUGAGCCUAUCAGUAACAGCGUUCUUAUAAUUAGUAACUUGGGUUUUUGGGUAGCUCUUAGGUACAUAUGAAAUAAAUACUAAACAUCCAGGCACUAUGUCAUGUCGCUAAAUAUAAAAUCGAAUUGGAACAUAAAUUUCUAUGAUAAAUUACAUUAGCGACAAAGAAAUCUCUAUUAAAAAUUUAUCAAUUCGCGUUCUUUCAAUUGGCACAAAAUAUUGGAUAUUACUAAUUUUUUAGAAUCUUUUGAACGACGUAUUAAUCAUCUAAAUAAUUUAGUCCUAAAAAUCCACCCUGUGUUAGAUCCAUGCUAUAAUAAGGAUGUUGGGUAAAAUUUAUGAGAAUGAGAUGCUGCAUAACAUCCGAUAAUAUUUGAAUCGAUUACAAUUUGAAAGUCAAUAUGAUAUCUAAUACAUAAAAUGUACAUAAACAAAUUUUUAUAUAUCGUUUAUAAGAUAAAUAGGUUUUAAAAGCACCCAUUGAAAAUUCCGUGUGAUUUUCGUAUUAUUCGAAAAAGAAUUGUUAAAUAUCAAUGUAAGCUUAGAAUAAUUUAUCAAAAUAUCGUUCUUGUUACACUUUCACGUGCGUCAACUCUGCUAGAUGUUCCAGGAUGUAUCAUUAACAUUUUACAUUAUACACUUUCUUUUCAUUAUA